AUAUGUAUUGUGCCCUGAAUAUGUACAGAUUGAUGAACCCAGAUAAUACUUUCAAUCACGAAUCUGCUAUGGCUCAAGUAAAACAGCUACCAGAAAGUUUCAAAGGACCGACGGAGAUAUGUAUGGAAAAAUGUAAAGAUGCUGCCGUUACACUUGAUGAUAAAUGCAUUGCAGCAUACGAGUUAUCAAAAUGCAUGUACUUCUGCAAUCCGGAGAAAUACUUUCUUCCGUGAUUGAACGAGUUCAUCCUAAUUGGAAAUGUCACUGCAAUCAUGUAUUAACGAGGUAUCAGUUUAAUUAAAUCGAAUAGAGGCAA